AGAUUAUGUCACACUCAGGGACUGGACUCUGGCCUGCAGGACACGUGUCUCUUUGCUCAGGAUUUGUUUGCUAAAACCAGAGAGGGACCUAUUGGAGAGUGCCAGCUUCUCUGUUCUGUUAAAGACAAACCUCUGCACUGGAUCAGAACAGCUCUCAGCUCAGACGACCAGCAAUAAAGAGGCGUAGGUGAAGGCAUUUGGUUUGGAGAUCAGCUGAGGCCCUAACAGGCAGCCAUGCGCCUCGCAGGGUGCGCAGUGCUCCUGUCUGUCCUGCUGCAGGCUCUGUCUUUGCCUGCAGAGGACUGGCAGAGAGCCACGUCUAUUUAUGAAUUCAAUGCAACAGACAUCGAUGGAAAUGAGGUGUCGCUGGACAAGUACAGGGGUUAUGUUGUCAUCAUCACCAAUGUGGCAACAAAAUGAGGCAAGACCCCCGUAAACUACUCUCAGUUUGCUAAGAUGCACGUCGAGUACGCUGAGAGAGGUUUACGCAUCCUCGCCUUCCCCUCCAACCAGUUUGCAAAUCAGGAGCCGGGGAACGAGACUCAGAUCAAGCAGUUUGCCCAGUCUUACGACGUUCGUUUCGACAUGUUCAGUAAGAUCGAAGUGAACGGGGAAAACGCUCACCCUCUGUGGAAGUGGCUGAAGGAGCAGCCCAACGGGGGAGGCUUGUUUGGAAAUAGCAUCAAGUGGAAUUUUACCAAGUUUUUGAUCAACAGAGAGGGGCAUGUGGUGAAACGUUACGGGCCCAUGGAGGAUCCAAGCGUAGUGGAGAAGGAUCUUCCCAAAUACCUUUAACCUUCCAGUCGUUCCUUAUCGACCUUCCUUCGUUCGUUCUGUCGACCUUCAGCCUUUCUGCUCCUUUCUCUGCUUCUCCGAGCACCGCGGCUAAAGUUCAGCUCCAUCCCAGACCAGUGACGGUCUGCCCACAAACCUGCCUGGCAGACAGGGCAGACCUGAUGAAAGUGACGUGCAAACCAACUGGGAGGACGUUGACAACUUUCCAUUGGGUUACUGGAGUCAAAGAGAAAGGACCUGUAAAGACAAAAGAAGCGCUUCUUCAUCUUUUGAAUAAAAUUCACCAAGAUUUGA